AUGUGUAAACCAAUGUUGCCCCUCAAGGCCGGGGAUGAAGAAACCGGCACGGCUGCGAUGAAAGAUGUUUCCUACGACAAGAGCUUUGCUCCUUCUCUCAACUUUUUGGAGUUGUCGGAUCUGUUCGAUCUCAGCAAGCCUUGGGUGUUGGUAGAGAAUGGUUCCUACCAGGGAUACUUCGACAACGUGCCAGCUGCUUUCCGUGUCGGUCCUUGGAAACUGGCUUGUCGUCUCUAUCUAGUGGUGGCCGUUGCUUGGGUCCUAUUCGAGUGCAUCCAAUGUUACCUUCAUCCUCCCACGGUGCCUGAAACUGACUACCACAGCACCUAUGGAACCAAUACCUGGCAAUGGUGGUACAAUGCUACUGGAUUUGCAUGGACACUCUACAUUGCAUACAAAUCACUCAAGACUCCCAUGGGAUGGAGUGCUGGGCUUUCCUACACUCUCCAGAGUUGGACACUCAUCACUCUCCGCCAUGGACUCUCCGCAUUGGCGCCCUUUGUUCCAGAACUGGCUGUCAUCAAUGAACACUUGAGGUUCCCCAUGCUCCUUCAGACAGCCAUCACCUUUCUAGUGUGGAACUUCAUACUCUUUCCUGCCAUUGCCAUCACUAUGAAAAACCCAAACAGGAAAAGAGAUUUUUACAAGUUCAAUUUCGGAUUCUUGCUCUCACAACUACACAUGGCAAACCUUCCUUUGGCUUUCAUCAACGGGGUCUGGGGCACUCCAGCACGAGAACUCAACCAGAUGGACUUUUGCAUGGCACUGGCAAUGAUGUUGCAGUACCUCGCCCUCUAUCUGUUCGUUCUUGACCGCCUUGGGGUACAUUUCUAUUUUGUCUUUAGUCCACGCACUCCACUCGCCUUGUUCAGCUGGACUGCUUUCAUCGGGUUUCAGUUCGCAGGGUUUGCCAUGUGGAAACUUGCCAUUCUGAAAUAUGGAGGAGUGGUGGCAUAG